AUGGAGCAGAAUAACGAGAACGUGGUCGCGAAGCAGGAGACUGUCAUCAGCAACACCAGCGGCAAGCCUCCCGCCUCUAAAGACUCCGUUGUUAAUCUCGAUGCUGGAGACCCAACCAUGUACGAGUCAUUUUGGAAAGGGAUGGGGGAUCAAGGGGCCAUCACCAUUUCGAGUUCGCAGACGAUAAGUUAUUUCUCGGACGUGACUAACUUUUGCUGGUUUCUUGAACCCGAGUUUGCUCGAGAGAUACGACGCCUUCACAAGCUCGUAGGCAACGCUGUGACUGAGGAUCGAUACCUAAUCGUUGGCACAGGCUCGAGCCAGCUCUUGCAAGCUGCAGUCUAUGCUUUAUCACCAUCGGAUACCCCCAACCCAAUGAAUGUUGUGUCUGCCGUCCCUUACUACUCGACAUAUGCGCCGCUGAUGGAUUACCUUCGAUCUGGACUUUUUCGAUGGGCUGGGGAUGCAUGCAUGUUUAAGGGUGAUGCAUAUAUUGAGUUAGUCUGCUCUCCUAGCAACCCUGAUGGCUUUCUAAGGCAAGCAAUCUUGAAGUCUGGGGGUGGGAAGACAAUUCAUGACCUGGCCUACUAUUGGCCUCAAUAUACACCAAUUACUAGUCCAGCAGAUCAUGACAUCUCGAUCUUUACUGUCUCAAAGAGCAUUGGCCAUGCUGGAUCUCGUCUUGGGUGGGCUCUAGUGAAGGACAUCGUUGUUGCUCGGAACAUGACCAAAUUUAUAGAGCUAAACACAAUUGGAGUGUCCAAAGUCUCACAGAUUCGAGCAGCAAAGAUUGUUAAAGUAGUCUCGGAUAGCUAUGAGAAUCCAAUCCCUGAAAACCCAGACAAGCUCUUCGAUUUUGGCAGGCGCCUUCUAGUCAAUCGGUGGAAGAAGUUACGAGAAGCUGUCAAAGCCUCAGGCAUCUUUAGCUUGCCGGAGUUCCCAUCUGAAACUUGCAAAUUCACUGGGGAGAAGGCUGAAACUCUUCCUGCAUUUGCAUGGUUGAAAUGUGAAAAAGAAGGAAUAGAAGAUUGUGCGAGCUUUUUAAGGAGCCACAAGAUCCUUACUCGAGGUGGGAGUUAUUUUGGAGCAGGUCCCAACUAUACCCGGGUUAGCAUGAUAGAUCGAGACGAGACAUUUGAUCUUUUUAUUGAAAGGCUUUCAUCCCUUCAUUGAGCUCCUGCUUGUUGUUGAUGACAAUACUUUCUUUUCACCUCGGUGGGAGCAUUACUUCCCUAAUGUUGGAGACAUCAAAAUAUUUAUCAGCAGCUCUUAGCUAAAUUACUUCUUUAGCACCACUCUUCCCGAGGCUUACCAACUAACAAGCACUAAGAG